CGUGAGCAGGGCCCAUACAACCCGAGCACUCCAAACUCGGAGCAGCAGCUUUCAGUCUUUCACCACUCUCUCUCUCUCUCUCUCAGAGGUAGUUGAAUACGGUAUCUGCCGGAGCUCAAUUUCCAAUCCAGUCCAGAUUGAAGGUUUAGAUAUAUAUAUAUAUCUACCCUGCGAUUAUGUUGGGCUCUCGGGCUUCAAGAUUUGGACUUUUGAUACUGAAACAGCUUACCGGAGGAGGAGGAGGCAAAUCCAUUAGUAGACCAACAUAUGCAACUCGUUCUUUCAGCCAAUUCUUGCAACCUCGGUAUGAUCAACAGUCCGGGACCAAGUUGUUCAGGGGAGCCAUCUUUCAGAAGCAUAAUCAUUUUUCUACCACCACUGCCAGCUCUUCAGAUCAAGGGACUGAGCAGAAAGAAACGAUAUCUGUGACCUUUGUUGACAAGGAUGGAGACGAAAAACAUAUAAAGGUUCCAAUUGGGAUGUCUAUGCUAGAAGCUGCUCAUCAAAAUGAUAUAGAACUUGAAGGAGCCUGUGAAGGUUCACUUGCCUGUUCAACAUGUCAUGUGAUUUUAAUGGACGUGGAAUAUUACAACAAAUUAGAAGACCCAACUGAUGAGGAAAAUGAUAUGUUGGACUUGGCAUUUGGACUUACAGAAACGUCUCGUCUGGGUUGCCAAGUCAUUGCAAGCCCCGAACUUGAUGGAGUUCGUUUAGCUAUUCCUGCUGCCACCCGAAAUUUUGCUGUUGAUGGCUAUGUACCAAAACCACACUAGAGAUAUAGGACAGUUCAGGAAGAGUUGGUUAGGGAUGUAACUCGGUAUUUAUCCCAUUUUUGUAGCUUCUCUAAUUUUAUUGGCCCAAAGCACCAAUUGAAAACCUUCGUUCGUUUAGUGGCUACUGCUAUCAUUAUGAUUGCUGCUAUUUUUAUAAGUGCAGUAGUUAGAUAAUUUAUACCAUAUUGAAGAGGCUUUAUUA